AUGACGGAGAACCUGUCGAGAUUUCCGACUUCGAAGGGGUGGGAAGAUAUAGCGACGCAGACGCGCAAGGACCGGGAAAUGCCUGGUGUGAACGGCAUCAGCAGCAGCAACAACAACUACAACAACAAUGGACCCAACAGCACCAGUCCCGGAGGAGCAGCUAAUGCAGAAUCACCAUUCUCGGCACAACAACAACAACAACAACAACAACAACAACAACAACAGCAGAAGCAUAGGCUUGGCCCCCUGGUCCGCCUCUGGGGCAUCGGCAAGGACGAGCUUCCUCCCGACUCGGCGACGGCAGACGAGCUGCGGACCUUCCUGGCCGCGAUCCUCAGCGAGGCCGGGCCCUUUAUCGCGUCCGCCACCCCACAGAGCUCGCUCUCCCUGCCGAGCACGGCGUGGAAGCAGGCGCGCGGCCAGAAGAAGCAUCGCGACUCGGCGGCGCCGGUGUCGCGGAGCAGCCGUGUCGUGUCGGGCAAGGAGCUGGAUCGGAUUGUCGGGGAGAAGGCGUUUGUCGUGGGUGCUGAAAACCAGUUCCUGAACGUGCCGGCGCAGCAGGGCGGCUAUGAUGACGGCGAUAUAAGUCCCGGUAAUGUCAGCCUGCGCGAUGGUCACGGGCCGCAGCAGCAGCAGCAGUGGCGACCGCCGACGCAGAAAGCGACGCGGGCACGGCGACAGCGGGACCGGCGGAGUAGCGGAGGUGAGACCUGGUUCUGUCGCCGAAGCGUGCAUGAGGAUUCUGCUCGGCGCGGGACGGCAUCAUGGGAGGAAUUUGACCGGUACCACCGUCGUGAGCAUGCCCAGUCGGAAGUCCGGCUUACGCCUGCUGUCGUCGCGGCGCAUGAGGCAGUGAGCUGGCCUGGCUGCGAAGGGGUAGAGGUCAAUAUGCCGCCUGCGAAUGGCAGUGGAGAGACUCAGGGUGGAGAUGGGCUUGAGACGUGGGAGGGCUUCAGUCUCAGUAUACAAGAGAUGAGACAUAAGGUCGGCAGGCCGUUGCUCAAAGACCGGACGUUUCCUGUGUUGCAGAUGACAUGUCGGAGAGUCUUUGGCCGGGACCCAGGUUCAGGAUUUACGCCAAAUCAACCAGAUGAUCAUGGAAUUAGAGUGGAAGCAGGCGGGUACGUGCGAGAACCGGUCUCCGGAGAAGACCAACAUGAUCAAGUCAACAACGAGGCCAGCGAUGGAGGUGAAGUUGUUGAGCCAGGGGUCGACCCCGCGAAGCCAUCCAGCAAUACGGAAGGCGCAGAAACAUCCGCCACGCGCGCUGCGAAUGGGGAAACCCAGGAAACCCAGUCUGGGGAGGAGUUCCUGGUUGUGAGCAUACCGGUGCCCGACUUUGGCGAGGACAAUAGAAGCAAGCUGGCUCGCGAGGAUGGCGCCCAGGUGGCUAUGUACGUGAGCAUCGAGCGGCUCCGUAAGAUUCCCAAGACUGGUCAGAUCGAAUGGGUCAUGGCGACGGCGAGUGAUGCCGGGGGCGUGCUGCCCAUGUGGGUGCAGACGGCAGCCGUGCCUGGCAUGCUGUGGAAAGACGUGCCGAUGUUCUUCAGUUGGGUGGACAAGCGCCGCCACGCAGAGACUUGA